AUGAAUAAUCACACAAAGUCACUGCCACCUUUCGGAUUAUUUGUUGCGAUGGGUUAUUUACCGUCAAUAUUUAGUCUUCUACUUAUAUUAAUUCUUAUACUUAUUACGUUAUUUAUACUGUUUAUGAAACACAAAACUAGUCGUGCAUUUGACGAAAAUGAAAUACGAAGUGAUGACAGUGCAAGUGCCAAUGAACUGAAAUCACUGGAAUUUCACCGAUCAAAACAAUAUUCGUCAACGUCAAAUAAUCAACAACAAACAUCGAUGACUUCAUUUCAAACCGAUAUUGAUGAACAAACUACCCGUUCAACGAUUGAUUUACUUUCUGCCAAAUAA